UUUGGCCCACCGCCGCAUUAUCUAUGGGGAAAGCAGGUAAGUCGCCGGCGACGUCGUCGGUGUUCGAGAGAGUUCUACGCCGCCGGGUACAUGAAACCUUCGGCAACGCCACUCCAUCCUUCGACGAAAUCGUCGACCGCCUCCGUGCCACUUUUCCCGAAUACGGUCGCCACAAGCUCCAACCUUUCACCAGAAUGGUGAAACAAGCCCUAGAUUCCAGCAACAGCAAAGAGAAGAAGAAAUCAAGAAGAAACGAUGACGAUGACCGUCGAUCUAUAUUCAACGAUGACGAUGACGGCACGUCACCGUCGCUACGCAGUCCCGCGAGCAAAAAGGCGAAGAAGAUUGAUAGCAGAGAGCAGCGAUUGCAGAUGUUGGAGAUGAAGCAUGUUGCACGGAGACGAAUUAAGCUACAAUCAACCUCUGAGUCUUCGGAUUCGUCUUCUUCUGAUGUAGAAGAAGAUAGAAGUGCCGUUUCGACCUCCGAUAAUGAGGUUUAUAGCCUGCAAUUUGAACCAGAGUUUGACUUAACGAAAUCGAUGCUCAGAAACAAGUACAGCGGGUCAAAAAUUGAUGGAAAAGUCGAUGAAAAACGUAAAAAUGUGGAGUUAGAGGUGGUUACCAAUAGCAACAAUAAGGUAAAUACAAAAGUUGAUUUGAUGAAGGAAGAUAGAAGGGUUAAGCCAGUGGUAAAAGCUAAGGCACAGAAACAGAAAAACUUGUCAAAUGAUGAUGGUGUUGAUGACAACGGGAAAGACGAUGGGCCGAGGUUUAAGGACCUGGGUGGUAUGGAUGUAGUCUUGGAUGAGUUGAAGAUGGAGGUGAUUGUUCCUUUAUAUCAUCCACAGCUACCACGAAGCCUCGGAGUUAGGCCGAUGGCUGGUAUUUUGUUACACGGGCCGCCUGGGUGUGGGAAGACUAAACUGGCUCAUGCCAUUGCUAAUGAGACUGGAGUUCCAUUUUAUAAGAUUUCUGCCACUGAGUUGGUCUCUGGUAUAUCAGGUGCAUCAGAAGAGAAUAUACGAGAGUUGUUUUCUAAAGCAUACAGAACUGCACCGUCUAUAGUUUUCAUUGAUGAGAUUGAUGCAAUUGCUUCAAAAAGAGAGAACCUUCAAAGGGAGAUGGAACGGCGCAUUGUGACACAACUGAUGACUUGUAUGGAUGAAUCUCACAGAAUUGCUAAACCAGAUGAUACGCCAAAAAAUGCAAAGACAUCUGAUGGCAAACCGGGAUAUGUCUUGGUUAUAGGCGCUACUAAUAGACCUGAUGCUGUUGAUCCGGCAUUAAGAAGGCCCGGACGUUUUGACCGAGAGAUUACUUUAGGUGUUCCAGAUGAAAAUGCUAGAGUGCAGAUUCUUUCGGUGCUUACACGCAAUUUGAAGCUUGAAGGUGCUUUUGAUCUUGUCAGAAUUUCUAGGGCCACUCCAGGAUUUGUCGGAGCUGAUUUAGCGGCAUUGGUGAACAAAGCUGGUAACCUUGCUAUGAAGAGAAUCAUCGAUGGAAGGAAGCUAGAGCUUUCUAGAGAAAGUACAGACACAGAACCAAAUGAAGAUUGGUGGAGGAAGGAAUGGACUUCUGAAGAGAUGGAAAAGCUUAGCAUCACAAUGUAUGAUUUUGAGGUAGCAACCAAAUUGGUUCAACCCUCUUCUAGAAGAGAAGGAUUCUCUAGCAUCCCAAAUGUCAAAUGGGAAGAUGUUGGAGGUCUUGAUUUAUUGAGAAGGGAGUUCGACCGUUACAUAGUUAGGCGUAUAAAAUAUCCUGAUGAGUAUGAGCAAUAUGGAGUAGAUUUGGAGACGGGUUUUUUGCUAUAUGGACCUCCUGGUUGUGGAAAAACAUUAAUUGCCAAAGCUGUUGCUAAUGAAGCAGGGGCAAAUUUCAUACACAUCAAGGGUCCUGAGCUUCUGACUAAAUAUGUCGGUGAGAGUGAAUUGGCUGUGCGGACGAUAUUCAGUCGUGCAAGGACAUGUUCUCCAUGCAUACUAUUCUUUGAUGAGGUAGAUGCUCUGACAACAAUGCGCGGAARGGAAGGGGGAUGGGUUGUUGAGCGACUCCUGAAUCAGGUUAGCAAAAUUUAUGCUCAUUGUUCAUCAGUAUCAUUCCAUCACAGAAUUUCAUUAUGCCUGAUUUUAGUGUACUUGAGAGAUGACAGCUCUUUAUAUUUGCAGCUAUUGAUAGAGCUAGAUGGUGCUGAUCAACGCAAGGGUGUUUAUGUAAUUGGUGCCACCAACAGGCCAGAGGUGAUGGACCGAGCAGUCUUACGGCCCGGAAGAUUUGGAAAACUAUUGUACGUGCCUCUGCCAAAUCAAGAAGAGCGAGGGUUGAUCUUGAAAGCUCUUGCUKGGAAGAAGCCUCUAGAUGCCGAUGUGGAUUUAUUUGCUAUUGGGCGUAGUGAGGCUUGUGCAAAUUUAAGUGGAGCCGAUCUUUCUGCAUUGAUGAACGAAGCUGCCAUGGCGGCUGUUGAAGAGAAAUUCAUGAGAUGUGAAGCUGCAACUGCUGCUGCUCKUGAAGGGARAUCGGUAUCAUCACCAGAAAGCUCUUUAGAACAUACCAUUAAAGCUAUACAUUUUGAGCAAGCAUUGAGAAAAAUCUCACCUUCUGUCUCAGAUAAGCAAAAAGAGUACUACCAUCGGCUGUCCGAGAGCUUUAAAGCAACUUAAACAUCGGGGGUAUGGGAAGUAUGUUCAGGUUACCAACCGACAUCGACAAUUUUUUUUUCUUGACACCUGUUUUGUUUCAAAACGACGACCCUCGCCCACAACGAAGGGAGGCUUUCAUUUUUGUUCUGCAAAAUAUAGGUUUUAGUCCUUUUAUUCUUCUCCUUGCAAAGUAUUAGUAUGGAGAUGACGAAUUUUGGUGCAUUGACUUUUGG